AUGGAUAAUAAAAGAGUAUAUUUGGCCAUCAUUGCAACAUGUCUUGCUUUGUUCCAAGGAAACAUGAUACUUGUUAAGGGUCAAUUUAACUACAAGGAAGCUCUCACAAAAUCUCUCAUCUUCUUAGAGGCGCAAAGAUCAGGGAAACUCCCUCCCAGUAAUAGGGUCCCUUGGAGAGGAGACUCAGCAGUGGAUGAUGGAAAACUCGAUAAUGUUGACCUAUCAGGAGGAUAUUAUGAUGCCGGGGACAAUGUGAAAUAUGGGCUACCAAUGGCAUUCACAGUUACUACAUUAUCAUGGGCAGCAAUAUUUUAUAAAACAGAAUUUGAAGCAACUAAUGAAAUGGGAAAUAUUCAAAAUGCCAUUAGAUGGGGUACUGAUUAUUUUCUGAAAACUAGUUCCCAAAGAAAUAGAUUAUAUGUAGAGGUAGGGGACCCAGUUGAUGAUCACCAUUGUUGGGCACCACCGGAAAAUAUGAAGACAAAGAGAACAGUUAAAUUAAUUGAUAGUAACACACCUGGCACUGAGAUUGCAGCUGAAACUUCUGCUGCUAUGGCUGCUUCUUCCAUUGUUUUUAGGCAUGUUGAUCCCAAAUAUUCUCGCCGUCUCCUCAAUAAAGCAAAAUUGCUUUUCGAAUUGGCAAGAUCUCAUAAAGGAACCUAUGAUGGAGAAUGUCCCUUCUACUGCUCCUAUUCAGGCUAUAAUGAUGAGUUAAUGUGGGCUGCAACAUGGCUAUACAUGGCAACAAGGAAAUCAAUGUACAUGAAGUACAUACAAGAAGAAGCAAUUAGUGCUAGUGUAGCAGAAUUCAGUUGGGACCUUAAAUAUGCUGGAGUUCAAGUUCUUCUCACUCAGUUACAUUUUGAAGGUCAAAAAGGUCUUGAAGCAUUUAAAGCACAUGGUGAAAGUUACAUAUGUUCAGACCUUCCUGAUAGUCCUUACAAACAAAUCAAUUUGACUCCUGGUGGGUUUAUUCAUAUGAGAGAUGGUGCCAAUACACAAUAUGCCACCGGUACAUCUUUCUUGUUCACUGUAUAUAGUGAUUUACUUGCCAAAUAUAAUCAAAAGGUCAAAUGUGGAAACAAAGAAUUUGAUUCAGCCCAUCUCCUUGAUUUUGCCAAAAUGCAAAUGGAUUACAUAUUAGGAAAAAAUCCUGAAGGAAGAUCAUAUAUGGUAGGUUUUGGGAAAAAUCCACCAACACAAGCUCACCAUAGAGGUGCUUCAGUGCCAAAUUUGUCACCAAACGAAGAGAUAAACUGUCCCACAAGCUUUAAGAAAUGGCUAGAAAGAGAUGCACCAAAUCCACAUGAGCUAACUGGGGCCAUUGUUGGUGGACCUGACAUCAACGACAAGUUCAAUGAUAAACGUACAGAUUCACCUAAGACGGAACCUUGCACAUAUGUUAAUUCCCUUGCAGUCGGUGUUCUAGCAAAGCUUGCUUCUUUGGGUUAACUUAGCUUAAUUUCAUGUUGGUGUAAUUACCCCAACGUUGUUAA